AUGUUAACCAAGAAAUUCACUCCAUCAGAGGAGAACGUGAAACUGAGAUCACAAAUCAGUGAAUUUGGCACUGCUGCAGCAGAAUACAACAAGAACAGGGGUGCAAUCCAGGACAGUCCCAUUCCAUUUGUCUCCUAUAAAACAGAGAAGGAGGAGGAAGUCGUAACAAGCACGGAGAAGUUCAUGCCUGAUUUACAGAUAACCAAUGAGUACAAGAGGUUCUCCAAUGACUAUUCAAUAAGAGUGAGUAACAUUCCACCAUCUGUGAAACAGGCUGAACUAGAGAGACUCUUUGCUGGUAAAAUUGAGAGAUACGCCAGGGUCUAUUUGGUGACUGAUAAAGUGACGAAUCAGUCGAAAGGAGUCGCCUACGUCUCAGUGAAGAACGAGGAGGCUGGAAAGACGAUUGUACGUGAAAUAGGCGAAGUGGUGAUGGAUGGAUUCUUGUUGAAUUUGGCAGUGGUAAAGAGGUAUUGA